GAGAUAUGCUCAGGGUCGACUCGGAGCCUCUCAGAGCCUCACACUUACCUAAUCUACCCUGUCCUCCCUCUCUCUCCGUCCGGACCCCGUAGACGCUGCUCUCCCGGGCUCCGCGCUUUUCCCAGCGCGGAGCAGGGUAGGAUGCAAGGGAUGAAAACAAGGGUUGCCUGUUGGUUCCUGGUGGCUUUUACCGUACUGACACAGUUGACGAUGGCAUCCAAAGUUGAAAAGACUCGUGCUUUACCACUGUGCUGUAGCACAGAAUCCCUCAUUUCCAGCAUUGGCCUGGGGAUCUUCUGCCUAGUAGCUGACAGACUUCUUCAGUUUCCCAUAAUUCAGCAAAAUGACUGGCUUCGUGCCCUCUCAGAUAACGCAGUACAUGGAGUGAUCGGCCUGUGGUCCUGGGCAGUAGUCAUUGGAAUCAGGAAGAAGUCUGACUUUGGAGAAGUCCUUUUCGCAGGAUUUUUAGCAUCUGUUAUUGAUAUUGACCAUUUUUUUCAAGCUAGAUCCCUAUCUUUACAGGCUGCUUUGACUCUUCCGAGAAGACCUUUCCUUCACUGCUCUACUGUGAUCCCCGUCACGGUUCUGAGUGUGAAGCUCGCCAUGCACUUGUUCAGGCUCCGGGACUCGUGGCGCUUUCUCCCGUGGAUGAUAUUCGUUUCCUGGACCUCACACCAUAUCCGCGAUGGAAUCCGUCACGGCCUGUGGAUAUGCCCAUUUGGAAAAACUCCUCCUUUGCCCUUCUCGUUUUAUGUAAUAAGCACAUUGUCCCUGCCACACCUGUGUUCAUUCCUGAUUAAUUUAACAGGGACCAGACAAACGAUGUCUUCAAAAUACGGAGUGCGUAUUGAUGUCUGAGAUGACCAUAUAUAUGGCUCUAAGAGAAGGAACUAGCUCAGAUGAUGAUGCAGACUGCGGACGGCCACUAAAACUGUGACAGUGCGGAGAUUGUUACAUACUAGCCUAAAAGAUGUAUGAAAUUAUUUUUUUAAAUCACCUCUGUACUGAGAAAUAAAAGACUUUUCAAAAUAAAGUCAUUUUGGGAAA